AUGUUUGCAAGUCGAUCGAUGCAUGAAGACGGAAUAAGUCAGGAAAUUGAACAGUUAUUGGAUGAUCCAGAAUUUGCUAUUAAAAUUGCAAUCAUUGGUUCUCCAUCCACAGGUAAAACAUGUUUGGUUCAUCGUUUCGCAAAAAGUGCCUUUCUAGAGAAUGCAUCACCAUCCACAGAAACGACAGUUCAUCCUGUGAAUGUGGAAAUUAAUGACAGACAAGUUAAGGAAGAAUUGUGGGAUAUUGUUGGAAUUAAAUCUCCAAAAGAAGAAGAAAAACGAAAAUUGCAAUAUUUAGGAGUGAUGACAUUUGUAAUUUGUUUUGAUUUAGCCAAAGAAUCAACGUUUAUGGAUGCUAUUAACCAUUGGAUUCCUGAGUGUAAGAGAUAUUUUCCUGACACUCCCAUUAUCAUGUGUGGUACCAAGAUGGAUCUAGUGGAAAAUGAUUUAGAGGUUGGACAACAACACUGUAAAAGAUUUCACAGUUUUGAGUCCUAUAAUGGAAUUUCCAAAAAAUAUGGAUGUAAAACCUAUCUUGAAGUGAGUGCGAAAGAGAGUGACAUUUCUGUUGUAAAAUUAUUCGCGACAGCGAUUCAAACAUCUUUAGGAAUGUAUAAGGAAGACCCAAAGAAAUGUUUAUUGAUGUAA